AUGGCGUCAAUGUCUGCAGCACCAAGAACGCAAACAAGGGGUACUCCCAGAACUGACAAGGAGGACUCGUUGGGCAACAUACAGGAGGCAAUCGCAGAAGAAGUAUUAGAAAACGCUGCGGAGGUACCACCAGAUGCAUCGUUGGACGUGCCAGGUCAACCCAAUGGCCCCAAUGCACCCUCGCUCCAGCUCGUCCUUUCGGCGGCAUCUGAUCCGGAAAUAAUCAAGUUACUUCCCGAUGGAAGCAAGGUUCUCCGCAUUGAGCCAUGUGGUGUUUCGAGUUGGGCAUCCACCGCCCGGUUCGAAACUGAGACCGCCAACGGGCAACGGCAAGAUUACUUCCUUAAGAUACUAGACACGCAAGACGCCUAUGACCGCGUGUACGGCGAAUACAUGUCCAUGGCUGAAAUUCACAAGACUCUCGCCAGCAUUGCUCCAAAGCCUUAUGGCUACGGCAAGUGCCACAACCAAGUUAAAAAGGAGGAGGGCACAACAAGCAACGCGCACUUCUUCCUCUGCGACUUUCUACAACUCGACACUGGGAUGCCCAAUCCCGUCCGUCUUAGUCAAACGCUUGCAAAGCUCCACAGGAUUAGCGAGUCACCGACAGGGAAGUUUGGAUUCCACUGCACUACGUUCGAUGGCAAAUUGCCGCUUACGACAACGUGGGAGAGUAGUUGGACAGCAUUCUUCACCAGACUCAUCAAAGACGUGUAUCGGCUCGACACAGAGGUGAACGGAGUCUGGCCGGAGUUCGACAGUCUCAUGGAAAUUACCGUCGAAAAGUUGAUCCCCCGCCUCCUUGACCCUCUUACGGCUAAUGGUAGGACCAUUAAGCCGUCCCUGAUCCAUGGAGAUCUCUGGGAGUCUAACAUUGGAACUGAUCGCCACACGGGCGAGAUCUACAUUUACGACGCGUGUGCCUAUUACGCUCACCACGAAAAAGAGAUCGCGAUAUGGAGGUGUGAGCAUCACAAGUUGGAUAAAGAUGGCUACAUUGAGGAAUACCUCAAGAACCUUCCAGAAAGCGAACCCAAGGGGGAGUUCAAGGACAGAGGGCUCCUAUACUCCGUUGAGACUCUGUUAAUGAACUCGGCCCACUACCCCGGAUCGGACACCCGAAAGAAGGCCUUCGACGAGCUGCAAUGGCUCAUCAACAAGUACCAGAAAGAUUGGUAA